CGUGUCCGCAGCCAUAACCAUCUCUCGACUCUCGAGUCUCGAUUCACCUCACGCACCGCACCGGUAGGCCGCUUCUCCCCGCCGGCAACCAGAAAAAGGAAGCCAUGUCGCGAUGGCGCGCCGUCGCCUCCCGCCUCUCCGCCUCCCACUUUUUCUCUAGGGCCUUCUCCAAGCCUCCCUCGCCACUUCCUCAGCCUCUGUCCAGGACCUUCUCCAAGGCCGCCUCCGCCGCCGCCACGUCGCACAGCCCUAGCGCGGCCUCCUCCGCCAGUCCGUGGCCCGAGGUCCGACUGAAUUCUAUGUUCCUGUCCAAGCCCUCUUCACUGGCAUUGCCUCCUGAUUCUCCUCUUAGAGCGGAAGAUCCACACUAUGAGGGCAUUAAGCGCUUGAUGCUCACGCUGCUCUUGUUCUACAGUAAGCAAAGCAAGUCCAUCAGAGGAGCAAACACUGUUUAUCACCGCAUCACUUCUCAUGUUGACAAGCCUGAUAUCUAUGAAGUGUUUCAGUUGGAGAAAACAUUUAAAACAACAUUUUCGUUGCUUGUUCUCCAUAUGUGGCUCGUUCUACGUCGCUUGAAGGAAGAAGGAAAGGAUGGUGUUAAAUUUGGACAGUACAUCUAUGAAACUUACAAUCAUGAUGUAGAGCUCAGAGUUUCUAAGGCUGGGGUCAACUUGUUAUUGAUAAAAUGGAUGAAAGAGCUAGAAAAAAUAUUCUAUGGGAACAUUGUGAAAUAUGAUACUGCAAUAAGCCCAGAAGCAAGCCAGGAUGAUCUUGUAAAUGUCAUCUGGAGGAAUGUGUAUGCUGACGAAGGUUCAGAGCCUAUGGAUGCAGCUGCUACCCCUGCUGUCCAGGCAUUGGCAAGAUAUACUCGGAGGGAGGCAACUUGUCUAUCAUUGACAGAUAAAGAAGCUAUGUUCUCUGGCAACUUCAAUUUUACGACGGUUUUGCCAACCGUCCCAAGCCCGGCAAAGCGACGGCGUUAAGCGCUGGCAUUUGUAGAUCAGUAUUCCUUAUGAAGGCUGGCUAUACAUGGACAAGGAAGACUGAAAGUCCUAUCAUCAUUACAAAUAAUACAAAUUUUUUCAGUAUUUAUUUAUGGACAAAUCUCAGCAUUUCAGGCCAUUUUGGUGGCUACAGCUGCCUCUAGCUAGGAAUCUCCUUUAUGUUUAUCGUGUGUGAGCAUUGCAUUGAUGGGCUGCCCUCUUGGAAUAGAGUACACGGUGGAAACAUUUUCCUGGUUGAAUGCUUGUACUGUGCUGUAGUAUUUUACCAUUUUCAUUGCUGAUAUGGACUUGAGAAUCAUUCACAA